UUUUUUUAAAGUUCUGGCGCCAAGAAGAAUAUUUGAGUAGCUUGUUAUUAAAUUUUCAUUAUCAUGUCACGCAAACUUUUUCAAACAUUCAAAUAGUUAAUUCGUUUUAAAUUAAAAAUCGAAAAAAUUGUUUUAAACAAAAUGAGUGGAUGUGGAAACAAUGAUUUUAUUGUGAGGAAAGCAAAAAAAGAAGACGCUUCUAAAAUUCUGGAACUUAUUAAGGAACUUGCGGUGUUUGAGAAAUGUCCCGAUUCAGUAAAAAUUUCGGCAAAGCAGCUUGAAGAAGACGGAUUUGGAGAAGCACCAGCCUAUGGUUGUUUUGUUGCGGAAAAUUUAUCGGGAAAUAUUAUUGGCUUUGCCCUAUAUUUCCCACGGUAUUCUACAUGGUAUGGUAAGACACUUUUUUUGGAAGAUCUAUAUAUUAAAGCAGACUAUAGAAAAAACGGCAUUGGAAAACAACUUGUUAAAGAAAUCGCAAAAGUAGCCAAAGAAAAAUCUUUGAGACGAAUAGAUUUUAACGUAUUAAAAUGGAAUCCGGCAAAACAAUUUUACAAGAAAUUAGGGGCAGUUAACGCUUCAGAAAAUGAAGAUUUUGAAAUUUAUCACUUCUACGAAGAUGCCAUAAAAUCAUUAGUGCAAAUUUAAAACAAAAAGUUUUUUAUAACUACACAAAAACAUUAUUUUGCCGUUGUAUUAAAUAUUCUAAAAAUACAAUUCAUAAAUAAACAAUAAAUAAAUUACUUUGAUGCAGAAUAAACUCCUUAUUUUACUUGCGUCUCUGAUACAGUUCUGAAAAUGUU